AAGAAGAAGACGUGACGUGUCAACGAAGUGCCGGAAGUUUUCACUUGGUUGAAAAUGGCUUAUCAAACAUUACAGCAGGAAUAUUUACAAAUUCCUAUUGUUACCAGGGCAUAUACGACCGCGUGUGUCCUCACAACUGCUGCAGUGCAACUAGAGAUCAUCACACCAUUUCAGCUAUACUUUAACCCGGAUUUGAUUCUAAGGAAUUACCAAGUAUGGCGAAUAAUAACCAACUUCCUGUUUUUUGGUCCAGUUGGCUUCAAUUUCCUCUUCAAUAUGAUUUUUCUGUACAGAUACUGUCGUAUGCUGGAGGAGGGCUCUUUCAGGGGACGCACAGCUGACUUUGUCUUCAUGUUCCUCUUUGGUGGUCUUCUGAUGACUAUAUUUGGGACCUUUGUGAGUCUGGUGUUCCUGGGACAAGCUUUCACCAUCAUGCUGGUAUAUGUGUGGAGCCGACGAAACCCAAACGUUCGCAUGAACUUCUUUGGCCUCUUGAAUUUCCAGGCACCCUUUCUUCCAUGGGUGCUAAUGGGAUUCUCACUUCUACUUGGCAACUCCAUCAUUGUGGAUCUUUUAGGAAUCGCCGUAGGUCAUGUGUACUUUUUCCUGGAGGAUGUUUUCCCCAACCAGCCAGGUGGUGGUAGGUGGCUCAAGACCCCAUCUAUUAUAAAGAUGUUAUUCGACACUCCAGAGGAAGAUGCCAACUAUAACCCACUACCCGAGGAGCGCCCAGGAGGUUUUGCCUGGGGAGAGGGACAGCGCCUUGGUGGUUAAAUGUGGUCAGAGAUCAUCCCUGAUUGUCAGGUCACUUCAAGGACAUUCUCUCUGAGAAAUAAAGGGAACAAACAUGGUCUUUGCUUUUGACAUGUUUGUUAAGUUCUGGGUGAAAAAUGCCAAACAACCAGAGUCGUUUUGGAGAUAAGUUUGUUGUCUUUUGAUAUGGGCUAAAUCAUCCUCAGAAACUCUUCUUGGUGCCAGAUCAUUGCUCUAAAACUAUUGGAGAGAACACAAGCUUUGUGAUGAACUUUGGACAGUGAGCCUUUGGGCACAGCAGAUGUUUGUCUUCAUCUCAGAUAAAACAUUGAUAUGUACAACUACUGUCACAUGAAAGAGGAAAAACUGCAGCAGAAAAUUAUCACAAAUCUUUUGGUCAGAUUGCAAGUGCAUUGCUUUUUUGUUUUACUUUUUUUAAUGAGUGAAUAAUGUGAUGAGUGUGGUGAAUGAUUGUUUUAAUUUGUUUAGAAAAUAGUGGUAUUGCAUAAAUCCAAAUACUUCUCUCUGCAAAUGGCGUCAGACAAUUUGAUGUAAACGUUAUGUUCUCGUGACUUAACUCUAAAGCAGGUCAUUUUAGACGGAUGAAGACUGAACUGCUCAGUAUUUCCUAUACUUUCAGUUAUAGUUAUGUUGUCAGAGAUGUGCCCUUUUUUAUUUUAUUGACACUGAUACUUAAAGGUCCAAUGUGUAAAAUUUAGGUGGAUUAGAUUCAUUUGGCAGACAUUGAAGAUAAAUAAAUGAUACUUAAUUUUUUAAGUGUAUAAUUACCUGAUUGUAUGAAUCGUUGUUUUUCAUUUGCCCAAAAUGAGUGUCGUCAGCUCUAUGGAGGCUGCCAUUUUUGUCCAAUAUGUGUUUAUAAUAGCCUACAAUGGACAAACUAACCGUCUUUUGAGUUUUGAUGCUAACUGAUGGCUAUGUAGGUUCUCCAAUACACUUGGAAAGGAAGGAUGAGAUGAGGGAUAUCCAGCUCUAACAAGCAACUUCAACUAAUGUUGCUAAAUUUUACACACUGUACCUUUAAAUCAAAGCUGUAUUGAGACAUGUAAUACACAAACUACUUUCCAAA